GGACGAGAUGCGGCAAAUUGUUCAGCUCGGGCAUCCGUCCUUGGAGGAGAAAGGCUUUCAUCAUUUCUCCCUGACUCAUACUUCUAUCAUUGCUCCCUGAUUGAAACUUGCUCGAUUCAACCCAUACACAGGCUCUCAACAGCAACUCAUCAUCUAGUAUUCUCAGAAUGAAGUUUGUCUCUAAGUUUGCGGGCGUGGCUCGUCCUCGACGUGAUGUUUUCAACUACAUCUUCGAAGCUAGGCGUCCUUAUCCUAGCGACCGAAUCCUGUAUACUGAACACGAGACUGGUGCGACUCUCACAUUAGGUCAAUUGGAGCGUAAGUCGCGUCAGUUGGCCACUGCUCUCAUCGACACCUACGGAGUGGCACCUGGCGAUGUUAUCGCCAUCCUAGCAUCUGAUUCUAUAUAUUUUCCAAUUGCAUACCUCGGCAUUCUCGCUGCCGGAGCUACUGUGCAGCUCAUCCCCGUGCAGAAAGAGCUCGCAGCACAGGAUGUCGUGGCAAGACUUGAGGCUGCUGGGACAAAACUGCUUAUCACCAAUGCAGCAAUGCUUUCAAUGGCCGCCGAAGCUGUAUCUUCGGUCGGCAAUAUUCCGCUCCUCGACAUUGCCGAGAAGCCAGACAUUUUCGAGGGUGCGGAGUACAAAGGCUUUCAGAUCAACGGCGGACCUGAGUCCGAGAGCACUGAUGGAUUCCUCAACCGAACAUCUGGCAGCACGGGCGGCAAAAUGAAGACUGUCAUUACGACGCAUGCCCAUUUCAUUGCUGCCAUGGAAGCCACAUUGCAUACUGUGCCACAGAAUACAGAUCCCGACGCCGAUGUCUGGCUCUCAACUCUCUCCCUAGGAUUUUUCAUCAACGCCAAAUUGAACAUGGGACUCAAUAUUCUUCUGGGCAUCCCGGUCGUGCUCCUCAACACUGCAUUUGGGCCCGACAGCUUUCAGCUGAUCGAGAAGUACCGCAUUACAUUUUUGUUUCUCCCGCCACCAGUUGCAAUUGCCAUUGCCGCAGCAAGUCUGCCAAAGACAGAUGUGAGCAGUGUGAAAUGGCUACUCUCGGCUGGAGCAACCAUGAAUGAGGGUGUGCAGAGAGCAGUAUCUGAGCGCCUGAAUGCACAUCUGGCCAUGGAAUGGGGUACUGCUGAGACUUUACUUAUCGCACUCCAACUCGAUGGAGCCUCAUCGCCGCCAGGCUCGUGUGGUAAGCUUGUGAACGGAAUCGAAGCUAUGGUGAUCGAUAUCAACACUGGAAGCCCGGUCGGUCCAGGAAUCGAAGGAGAGCUUCUUGUGCGAAAUAGUGCAGCAAAGUUUGCCGGAUACAAAGCCAACCAAGCCGCGAACCAGAGCACAUUCGAUGAGGCUGGCUGGUUCCACUCUGGUGAUUACGGCAUGAUCGAUGAGAACAAUAACGUCUUCAUACGUGACAGGAUCAAGGAGCUCAUCCGCGUCGGCAGUGGGUAUGGUGUGCACAUUUCGGCUACCGAACUGGAGUCGAAGCUUUUCGAGCAUCCUGCAGUGGCUGAGGUCAUCGUCACUGGAGUUCUCAGCCCUACAACACACACAGAACAACCGACUGCAUUUGUGGUUCUUGCUACAGAAUGGAAAGGCAAACCAGCAGAAGCUCUGUCAAGUCUUCAGAAAUUGGCCGCUGAGAAGUUUGUCGGCCUGCAAAGUCUUACGGGCGGAUUCAUCUUCAUCACUCAGUUCCCUCACAUUGGAUUCAAGAUUGAUCGACGUGCGUUAAAGGCUCUGGCGAUCUCCCAGCGACCAGAGUUAAACGCUGACCUCAAGUUGAGCAAGCCAUUGGAUUCUACGAAUCUUGUCAAGGAAGUUGCAAUUCAUAUUAUGUAAAGUUGUGGCAGUCUGAUGGAGAAAUGGAUGGCGAAUGAAGUUGUGGUGGAGCACACUGCUACCGAUUGAAUAUUUACAAUAUGCGUAUAAUGAAACGAAUGACAAGGCAAUAGC